UGUAAAGUUAAAAUAUAUGCAUGUACAAUGCAAAAUAUUUACUACAACACCGUAUAUAUUUAUUGAACUGUGGUUGUUUUUUUUCUCAAUUUUCAGAGUGCACAGUGUGAUUCCAGAGGUGUCUUGGGUUGGGAGGCAGUUGAUGCCCUGGCAGCCUACCUGGUUGGCCUAAACAGAACGAUCACUGCCUUGUCAUCACAAGAGGAGGCCGACAUAGUCCAGCUGUACAUGCCUCUGCAUGCCAUGGACAAGGUACCAUCAAAAUAUAGCCAGAGAGUUAAGAAGAAGACUUUGCCAGGACCUUGGAGAGCAUCCAGGAAGCGGAGUGGCUCUGCUCCAGGACAGCAGGCAGCAGAGAGACUGUUCAUGACUCAUGGGCAGGCGGCUCAGGACCCUGAAGUCCACAGGGUCUGUGAAUGUGUUUGCAUACGGCUUUUGAAAGAGUUUCAGCAAGCAAGGAACAGGCCCAAGGACACACAAGGAAAUACUCUGCCAAUUCCACAAUCUAUUGUGGUGAUAUACAGCCACUUGAAACAGCUGCUGGAGGACAGCAGAGCGGUUCUAGGACAGACUAGCCUGGCUCUGGUCCCGAUAAACACCACUACUGUCUCCUCGUGGCUACUAAGAAGACAGAAACGUGUGGACAGAGACAUGCUGCUGCAGGGUACUGCACUGCCCAAACAAUUAUAUUUGGCCAAGGAGUCACUUCCUGAAGUGCGCACACGUCCAGCUGCUCCUGCACAGCAUGGGCAUGAGGCCAUGGUAUUUGAGGAGCCAGCAAAUCAGGAGGGAGAGGCCUUUAUUCAUAAGCGUAUCUCCAACAGGUGCCCACUGCCCACCCCUCCUCUUGGAUCUUACUCGGCAUUUCCCAUAUACCCACCAGCACCACACUUUGCAUUCCCCCCUGGGUCCUACCCACCCUUUCCCAGCUACCCACCAGGUCUACCAGUGCCUCAGUCUACCCAGUUUAUGCCCCCUCCCCAGUUCCAGCCUCCUCCCCAAUUCCAGCUGCCUGAUAACCUGCCACCACAAACUUGUCCCUCUACUCAGCCCAGGCAGCGCACAUGGAGAAGGCAGAAAGCUGCCCAAGAGGAUGAGGAGCGAGUGACUAGGGGGGAACCACCUCGGAAACGUCUAGCAAAGGACGUAUAUCGCUACAUCUGCAAGCAGCGUGGGCUGACAAAAAGCAAGACUACUGGCCACACUCAGCUGAAGGGCCGGUGGUAUUGUCCAGCCUCAGGCCUCUCUGUUGCACAGUGGAGGGAGAAUGUACACGGAGCAGUCCCUUUUGCCCUGUUUUUGGCCGGGACUGUAACCUACUGGACUAUAUGAUAGACUUCAUACUGACCACUACUGCCAUGUAUGCAGCAUGAGAAGUUUUUGAAAAGAGGGGCAUUUCCUUCACCAAGUAAAAGUGUGGAGGAUUCAUCUGGCCUUCAUCGGCCCCCAUGAGGUGACUCUAUGUAGA